CCCUGUACUGUCACGGUGGGCUGCUCCUCUGCAACUGGAUGAGAUUAUCUUCGUCUCCAGUGUCUCUGACCAGAUUACACAACCAUCUGCUGCAGUUGUGCCAAAAACCCACUGCAAGAGAAGGCAAUUAAAAGGCAAAGAUUUGUAGAAGGGGAGGAGCGACGGGGAUGGACGAGCAGCAGAGAGUGGAGAGUGAUAGAGUUCAGAUGAAGCAGCAGAGGAAGGCAAAGAGUCGCCGGACUGCCAUGGGUCUCGACUGUUCCUGCCGGAGUGGAGAGAAUGAAUCCUUUAAUCGAGGUGGAAGCGCAUCAUUAGAGCCGGCGGAGGGAUGUACAAAAUUCUCACCCAAGGAGCCUCAAACGCAACAAGAUUAUGAAGAUUUGAUAUAUCUGCUGGGAGGCGAAACACGGUGGCUACAUAUCAAAAGCCAGGAUUAGUUGCCUUUUCAUUUCAUCUCCUCGGGCCUGGCCUCGACCAUGAGGCUAGAGCGUGGGUGGCGGGCUUCUCUGGCGAUCACCCUCAACUUUGUGGCGUUUGCUUUUGCCUUAUCAGCGGUGACCACCAGCUACUGGUGUGAGGGGACCAGGAAGGUGCCCAAACCCUUCUGCACGGGACCACCGAUGAAGACGAAGCAGUGGUUCUGCAUCCGCUUCAACAGCACCAACAUCAACGACAGCCGGCUGGUUCAGUACAUCUUCGAGACCGGGGAGGAGAAGUUCCUGAUGAGGAAGUUCCACACGGGAAUAUUUUUCUCCUGUGAGCAGGCCGCCGACAUGAACGGGUUCGACUGUCGAGACUUCUCAGAGAUCGCACCAGAACAUGAACGAGGGGUCCUGUGGUUGUGUAUCGUGGCGGAGAGUCUGUACCUCAGCCUGCUCUUCACUGGCGGGGCUCUGAUGAUUCUGGAGCUGUGUCCCUGCUUCAGUAUCAUGAACAAACUGAAGCUCAGUGCCUUCGCUGCCAUGUGCACUGCCCUGUCAGGCCUUUGUGGGAUGGUGGCCCACAUGAUGUUUACCACCAUAUUCCAGCUGGCGGUCGCGAUGGGGCCAGAAGACUGGAGGCCAAAGACCUGGGACUACAGCUGGUCUUAUAUAUUAGCGUGGGGCUCUUUCGGCACCUGCAUGGGCUCCGCGGUGACGGCGCUCAACAGGUACACGAAGACCAUCAUAGAGUUCAAAUACAAGCGGCGGAACAUCGAGAAGAGCCUGAUGAUCAAGCAGAAGAUGCUGGAGCUGGACCUCCCGGAGCAGAUGUGGGACAUGUACCUGACUGCUGUGCCGGCCGAUGGCGAGGCACAGCUGGAACUGCCGGCGAACGGCCACAAACCAUCCACAGGUACAACGUUUGUGGUGGAAAUGGACAAUGUACCGGAACCACAAGGGGAGGCGUACUGCUGAAGAAUGGAGUCUCUCUCCUCCUUGUCCUCAUGGCCCAGUGGAACAGUUUUCGGAUUGAUUUCCUGGUCCUGAUUGACUCGUGUUCUUGGAUUUAAAUUUCUAAUACAGGACAACAUUUGUUUGUUUUGUUCCCUGCCACGCAUCACGUGUGUGUCUGGGAAUCCCAGAUUCUUUUUCUGGAAAUAAUGUGACACGGUCGGCUUUGACACAACAUGCAUGUCAUUAAAUCUUUCCAUGCGAUAUUAUUUGUGGGAGGAAGGGUGGAGCGCAGCAAUUCAACGUCUUCACUCUAAUCUGAGGCAAGCUGCAGGAUAAGCAGGCUACUGCUGCAGUGCAGAUCUGUUGUGUCUGUUUCAAUGAAGGAGAUCCUUUUUUUUCUCUUCACUCAAAAUUUUACUAAUUAAUUUCUCUCUAGGACGAGGCAUAGUCACAAGACUACAGAGAGACACAAAACAACCAGAUAGAGACACGAAACUAAACAGGAAAAAGAAACAAAACAUGACCACAAAGAGUGGAAAACAACCAAAAAGACAAACACGAAGAGACACACAGUUCACACAAAGACACAUAAAAUCACAGAAAAGACAUAAUAAGACCACAGUGAGACUAAAAAUGGCCACAAAGACACACAAAACAACCACAAAGAUACACAUUUACAACCCAAAGACACACAAAACUGCUACAAAGACACAUAAAAUCAUGAAAAAGAUACACAA